GAAGUCUGAAAAGUAAGUAACGUUGUUGCAACAUAUAAAAGUGAGCAGCACGUAGUGGUCGAAUGCGGCUACGUUUCAGCACGUGCCGCCGUGAAAACGAAGUUAAAAAGCCAUCAAUUUUUUAAGCGGUUGCAUAUGUCACGAUCAUAUGCAAGUAGUAUUUAGCAAUUUUCACUUAGAAAUGUGUCCUUGUACGUAAGAAUAAGUCUGCCGGUCUGACCCCAGAACCCCUUAUGUCUAUAGCUGUGUAUUAUACUAUAAAAUUACGUUACGCAACCCUCAUAUAAGCCCGGGGGAUGUACUCCCCGAAGUUUUUAGUGAGGUGUGUGUGGCUCUUUCCAUAAAACCUUACCUCAUUUCAGACCAAAAUAUGCAUUUUCGAAAUCCUACUUCACAGAACUGACACAAAAAUCAACAACCUACUUAAGACCUCUAAGGUUAAUAUAUCCAACACUAACCUGCGUUUCCCUGUAAAUAACCGGCAGUAAAUGUAUGUACGUCUGAGACACACAUGAGUUUAAGUAACCGGUCGAAAACGAGAGUGACGUCCCGAUUUUAAAGAGAGAAAAUAGUUUCAGCAAAAUAGCAUACCGAAUUCCUGGCCAGAGUCAGUGUCAACCAUACCCCAUUUUAGACCAAAGUGGUCAAAAUCUAUACAUUAUUUCAGACUGAGACGGCUCAGGUAAAACUAUACCCUUUGAGUAACGCACAGGUUAUAUAACUUAUGUGAGUGAGUACCCCGUCCCCCCGGGAAAAGCAAGGAAGCAAGCUAGUCGCGUAAGCCCUUCCUGCGCCUUUGUAAGUAUUAUUAAUGUACUGGAAAGAUAACGAUGCCCGAGAAGACCAAAGAAGGACAGUCUGAGACGCAGAAAUAGAGAGAAGCGUAGGCACGGGUUAAAGCGAGCAUAAAAUCUCUUUGGGCGUAUCAAAUUUAAUAACGUGUUAUUUCCGUCUGGGGUUGGUCAUCGGCUCUCAUGGGUAAUGUUAUCUGUCAGAGUGCGUCAUGAUGUGGGAAGAAACAUCCUUGGUGCGACAAAUAAAUACACUCUCGUGGAACAAGUGCGAUUCACAUUUGUCGUCUUAAUUGUAUUGAUUGAACUGAGAAACGCGCGCGAUGAUCACCCAGCGUUUUCUUGGUGCCUUUUUAGUCCUUUGCACUGGAGUCUGCUGGUCUCACGGAAAAGCUCCAGCAAAUUUUACAGAAUACAACACAUUAUCUGCUGCCGAAACUUCCAAAGGUGGAGCUCAAUUCAUACUUGGCUCUUCGCACAGACAAGAUCAGCCGUUAAACACAUGGGAAUGUGAAAGAGUAACGGCCGUCCCAUCACGUGUUCGUAGUGAAUAUCGCCUGAGUGGUUUCUACCGGAAGUAUCUGCACGCCUACGGCAUUCCCAUCAUCAGUUCCGGUUUAGCCCAAGACGCUGCUCUCCGGAGAGCUUGCUAUGUCGUUGUUUUUCUCUUCGCUGAUCGUCUGGACAUUCGCACGUGGUUUUACAGGAGGUAUGGACGUGCAGGUGUGAUUGCGUCCAGAGAGGGUGUCACGAGUAUCCCUGAGCACUCAUGGCUUGGGAGCUGGUGGAACCAACGGGCCAGGGGCCUGGGAGCCACAAUUACCCAUCCCAUUUCCACAUGUGGAGAAGAAAACAUUCUUUGUUAUCCAAGAGGAGAUCGCUACCCAAGAGAGGACAUCUUUCUUCACGAAUUUGUCCAUGGAUUGCACAACUUGGGCAUUGCUUCAAACGGUGCUAUUCCAAGUUUUGAUGGGAGGUUGAGCCAGCGAUACAACUACCUAAAGCGGACGGGGUACAGAUGGAGGAAUACGUACGCCAUGUCAACCGACAGGGAGUAUCUCGCAGAGGGGGCUCAGAGUUUUUUCGACUGCAACGACGAACAAAAUCCGCCGAACGGAAUCCACAACCACAUCAAUACGAGAACAGAGUUGAAAAGUUACGACCCGGUGCUUUAUGGCUUUUUGAAGGAAAUAUUUCCUUGUCAGAACAGAUAUCUGAAACGAUGCGACGCGCGUGCUGGUGUGAAGCCAUAUCACUUCAAAAUGAAUUGCGACAAAAAUGGCCGAGGGGUCUUAAUGGAUUUUCAGACGAAGCGACCCGUGGGGACAAAACCAUCAACCCCACCUCCAAAUACUCAACCCCCACCCAAUACUCCACCUCCCCCUAAUACCCCUCCUCCUCCAAACACCCCUCCCCCUCCAAACACCCCUCCUCCUCCUAAUACCCCACCUCCUCCUAAUACCCCUCCCCCGCCAAACACUCCUUCUCCCCCUAACACCCCUCCCCCUCCAAAGCCUCAAACGCCUCGUCCACCAGUAGAUUGUAAAGAUAACCAUUACUUUUGUGGUACGUGGGCAAGAAGAGGAGAAUGUAGAAGAAACCCAGGUUACAUGUGGAAAAACUGCAAGAAAGCGUGCAACAAGUGCGGCGGCGGUGGGAGCUGCACAGAUCAAAACAGAUUAUGUGCCUUUUGGGCCGGACGGCGAGAAUGUCAGAGGAAUCCAAACUUCAUGCUAAUUUACUGUAAGAGAAGCUGCCGAGUGUGUUGAUCAAACAAGAUGAUUUUGCUAUGCAGGGAAUAUUAGCUUCCUGAGCUUUGAGUUAAAGUUUGGUUUACGUGCACGUUAAAAGGACUUCGGUAUUAUUUUUUCAUUCUGAGAGCGAUCAGCAGGUAAUUUUUUAUUUAGCGGUAAUAUUGAUAUUAAUUGAGUACAGUUCUCGAGGCGAGCAAAGA